AUGGACUUUCUGCCAGGCUACGCUAACCAGUGGAAUAACUUGCAAUCGCCAGGACAUCAUCAUCCGCAGUUUGCCGCCAUCAAUGUUAUGCCAUACCCACCUCAGACCCCGUCAGCCUGCUCGGCUGCAUCCAACGGCGUGUCCAGCAUGUCCCCCAACCAGGAGUCCACCUCAUCCCGCUGCUCCAACUCAGUGAGUCCAGGCAGUGACAUCAUGUCAACGGUCUACUCGCAGCAGCAGCCGGUCCAAGGAUCCCACCACAUGGACAUGGUGUCGAGGGGCAGCAGUUUCCAAUACGCACCAUAUCAUCCCGUGCCAUAUGGGAGUCAGAACUUCUACCCCAACUCCUGGUUUCCUCACCGACACCAGGAGACCGCGAGCCCCCUGUAUCGCCCUCAUGGAAGUUUCGAUGCAGCGGCGGCGUUUGAGUUCGCCUGUCAUCAGAGUCAGUUGGCCACAUCGCGGCGCUGCGCCAAGUGCGACUGUCCGAAUUGCUACAACGAGCAGGCAGGCAUACCGCCGUUGGUGGGUCCCGACGAGAAGACGGGCAAGAAAGUGCACCUGUGCCAUAUUCCCGGAUGUGGGAAGAUCUACGCCAAGACGAGCCACCUGAAGGCGCACCUAAGGUGGCACACGGGCGAGAAGCCGUUUGUAUGUACCUGGUGGGCGUGCAGUCGACGCUUCACGCGAUCGGACGAGCUGCAGCGCCACAUGAAGACCCACACGGGGGAGAAGAGGUUCACGUGCGAGGUGUGCUCCAAGAAGUUCAUGCGGAGUGACCACCUGUCGAAGCACAUUAAGACGCAUGAGAAGAAGCUGCGACGCGUGAUGUCCGCUACAAAGAAGGCCACCGCGCGGAAGGGUGUCAAAGCCAAGGAGGAGGUGACCGUUGAACCUGAUCUUGAGAGUCUGCCAGCGGUCAAAGUGGAACCCACGCCGACCGAUUAUCAGGACCCCGUCAUCUACCAUUCCCACCAUCAGACUACCUCAGCUUUUCCUGCCAGUCAUGCUGGCAACUCGUUCUCCGUUCCACCCCCUCCCGCCCCCACACAGAACGUGCCAUCCAGCGAGGAUUUCCCCAUGGCGUGUCAAUUCUACGGGCUGAGGUUCGCAUUCGACAAGCCCCAGUACCAGUACCACCAGACUCCGACCGCAUCCUAUGGCAACUUCCCCGACUAUCCAACGUACAAAAGCUACUAG